GUUGCUUUUGCCCACUAAUUAGCUUCCCACCGGCAAUGAAAAUACUCGCUUACCUGGUUCUUCCGGCCCUCUGCAUCGCCCAGCUGGACGCCUCGAAGACCGGCACAUCCGACCAGGUGACGAUCCGAGAGUGCCCCGGCCGCAGUGUGCCCCAGAUCCGGGCAGAGGCCACCGAUUCGGAGAUCUCGCUGCUUUUCUACUACGUGUCCUGGGCCAGCGAAGCUCGCCAGGCGCGCCUGGUGUACAAUGGCCUGGCCCACUACUACCAGGAGUACGCCUUCUUCGGGGCCAUCGACUGCUGGCACCUGCAGUGCAACUGCAGUCGCACUUUAAUGCCGGCGCCGGGAGUCGUUGGAGCCGGUGGCUAUCCGGACAAGUGGCCCACACUGGUGGUGCGCUACGGCCAGAAGCAAAUGCUUCAGUAUCAAGGAGCCUGGAGCUUUGAGGAACUGGCUCGCUUCAUGAACCACCUGCUCCAGCCACUGGAUAGGGCGCACAGCAGUCAGGAACUGGCCGCCAUAAGAAAACACUCAGAUGCAGUGGUUCUGGGCCUGCUAAACUCGCCGGAUGAUCGGGCAUACAAUCUAUACCUAGCCGCCGGGCUGCGCUGGCUGGAACUGGAUCCGGAGAGGAAUAUCCGCUUUACCGUCAACUUUGGCGAGAGUGCCAAGAAGAUGCUCAAGUCGCCGGAAGCCAAACUUCCCCAGUUUGUAAUCAUCGACAGCCGGAAUGGAGUGCAUACUUUUAACAGCACUUCCGCUGACUGGAAGGCCAUGGAUAUUCUCCGCUGGGUACGCAACACUCUCAAGAACACAUCGCUCUUCUCCAAUGGCUACGGCACUCCCAUGACCAUCGCCAUGAAGGCGCAACAUGUUCCUGUGUUGGCCAUGGGUGUGCGGAUGAAUCAGCACCACCAGGCGAGUGUCCUAAGCGAGGAGAUGGCCAGCGCUCAGAGGAAACAGUCGGAGGGAUGCGAGGAUUACUGGAGCUUAGAGGAAGAGGAGUCCUCCUCCUUAAUGCUAAUUCCCAAGGAACUUUUAAGGGAAUCCCAUCAAAAGCAGAGCUGCUUUCCCGCUUGGCAAAGAAACCGAGUCACUUUUCAGAACUACUACCGCAUCAAUAGGUACCUAAACCAUUUGUGGAAGCAGUACUCCCACCAGAAUCACUUCAGAAAGCGGACAGUGCCCCACCUACUGAAACUGCACUCUAGAAAUCAUUGCCUGGCUCACUCGCAGCACGGAACGCCGGCCAUGAAGAUCGGCAUUGCCAAGAUGGUAACCAAGUACGGCCAGCUCAUUUGGCAGCAUUCCGCGGAGCAUGCCGCCCACAAUCGCUCGCUGGGCGUGGUGAUCUUCGAUUCGGUGAAGUACAGAGACUAUCUGCAUCAGCUGGGCAUUCAGCAGCAUCACAACCACCAGCAGGUGCAGGUUUUCAUCUUAGAUGCGGCGGAGGAGUCGCUCUAUGUGAUGCCGCAACAACACACCUUCUCGUAUGUGGCACUCAAGGAUUUCAUCCGUCAAUUCUAUGCCAGAACUCUACCGAGGCUUCACAAGAAUGCGCCGGCGGCAAUGGAUUCCGGGUUCAGCAGGAAAUACAACAGGCAAAUGAUGCUGCAGGCGCUGCAGCAACCAAAUGCCACCAAUGUGGUGUUUAUGUAUCGUCCUGACUGCGCUCUAUCCGCCGUUCUGUCGCAGGCAUUCCUGCAGGUUUCGGCGCUACUCAGCAGCUCCGAGUUGCACUUCGUGCGCUUCGAUAGCCAGGCGAACGAUCUGCCCUGGGAAAUGGCCAUGCCGAUGUCCCCUUCGCUGAUUGUCUUCCCGCGGGCGAAGCCCUCGGAAUCCGUGGUCUUUCCCACCGAUGUGCGGAUCGAUGUGCAAAGCGUCUUCGCCUUUGUGAUCGCCCAACUGGAGCCGGAGCAGCAGGUGCGUUCGGUGCUGGCCAGCUGCAGGCGGCGAAUGCGAAACGUGAGGAGCUGCCUCGAUUUUGCACGCAACCUGGUGCUUCAGCAUGUCAGCCAGUACCUCAAAUUCUGGGAGAUUUACGAGAGGGAACGGGACGUCAUCCUCUCCCAUUUGAGGGAAUUCAACAGCCUGCACAUGUCCAUCGAAAGCAGCAUUCGAUUAUAGCAAAAUGCCUCCGAACUAUAUCGUUAGUUAGUACCUAUCGUUGAUAAUUCCAGGGUAAGCGGCCGCCUACCCGCUCUCCUCUAGCCCGUAAGUCCAAAGUUGUCUCUUCAUAAGGUAUUUAACACUCUUAUUUGUAUCUAAAUCUAGGAAAUAAACGAGAGUUAAUCGAA